UAAAAUAUCCAAACCACCACUCAUCUGACCCAACAAACACAAGGUCACCUCCCAAAUGCGCUUAACCAUGACAUCCUCAGCUCUGCCUCUACCACUCUCAUCAACAACCUCUAUCACCUACAGUCACAUCCAUGUUCACCAUCUCAACCCUCCUUCAUCCUCAUCAAACCUCUCACUACUACCAAACUCAACCUCACACAUUCACCAAUGGUCUCUCGAAGACCAUUCAAAUCACCAAACCUCCAUCAACCCACCAACCCAACCCAAAACCAUUCGAUACCGUCUCAGUCAAUUGUGCCAAAACGGCCAACCCCACCUCGCUCGCCAACUGUUCGACUCAAUUCCUCAACCAAAAACCGUUCUCUGGAACACAAUUAUUAUUGGGUUUGUCUGCAAUGGUAUGCCCGAUGAAGCCCUGUUGUUCUAUCUCCGAAUGAAGGCAAACCCUGAUACCAAAUGUGAUUUCUAUACUUACUCUGCCGUUCUCAAAGCUUGCGCCGAGACUCGCCAGCUUAAGAUAGGUAAAGCUGUGCACUGCCAUGUUCUUCGUUCUCAUUCAUGUCCCAGUAGAAUUGUAUGCAAUUCGCUCUUGAAUAUGUACUCUGUUUGUUUGAGUUCAACGGAUGAUGAAAUGGGUUCUGUAGAUUCGGAUAUUUUGAAACACGAUUUGGUGUGUAGAGUGUUUAAUACAAUGCGUAAGCGAGAUGUAAUUGCUUGGAAUACUAUGAUUUCUUGGCACGUAAAAACGAAGAGAUUUGAAGAAGCAGUUAGGCAUUUUUGGUUGAUGAUGAAAAUGGGUAUAAAACUGACUGUUGUAAGUUUUGUCAAUGUCUUCCCGGCUGUUUCAAGGAUGAGGAGUGUUAAUAGAGCUAAGUUGUUUUAUGGUUUGCUUCUUAAAUUGGGAAGUGAGUUUGUUAAUGACCCGUUUGCAUUGAGUUCUGCAAUUUUCAUGUAUUCUGAGCUUGGUUGUCUUGAUUUUGCUAGAAAGGUAUUCGACCAAUGUUUGGAGAGAAAUACAGAGGUUUGGAACACCAUGAUUGGUGGAUAUGUUCAGAACAAUCGUCCAGUUGAAGCACUUUAUCUUUUCCUUAAAGCUUUGGAGCUAGAACAUACUGUUCUAGAUGACGUGACUUUUCUCUCAGCUCUAACUGCAGCUUCACAGUUGCAGCGAUUAGACUUUGCUCAACAGCUACAUGCAUAUUUAAUUAAGAAUUCAUCAGUGUUAUGUAUCAUCAUACUAAAUGCAAUGAUUGUGAUCUAUUCAAGGUGCAAUUUGGUUGAGACGUCCUUUGAAAUAUUUAGUAGAAUGUGUGAAAGAGAUGCUGUUUCUUGGAAUACCAUGGUUUCUGCUUUUGUGCAGAAUGGGUUUGAUGAUGAAGGGUUGAUGCUUGUGUAUGAGAUGCAGAAGCAAGGGUUCAUUAUUGAUUCUGUAACUGUAACUGCUCUUCUUUCAGCAGCAUCAAAUCUCAGGAACCCAGAAAUUGGGAAACAAACCCACGCCUAUAUUCUUAGGCAUGACAUUCAAUUUGAAGGAAUGGAAAGCUAUCUCAUAGAUAUGUAUGCUAAAUCUGGUCUGAUUGAAGCUGCACAAGGACUGUUUGAAAAGUAUUGCUCGUAUGGUAGAGAUCAAGCCACGUGGAAUGCCAUGAUUGCUGGGAAUACACAAAAUGGACUAAUUGAGCAGACUUUCACCAACUUUAGGCAGAUGCUCGAGCAAAAUGUAACACCUAAUGCUGUAACCUUAGCAUCAAUUCUCCCUGCCUGCCAUCUGGUGGGAAGUAUGGCUCUAGGCAAGCAACUCCAUGGCUUUGCCAUUCGCAACUGCUUGGGCCAGAAUGUUUUUGUGGGAUCUGCUCUGGUAGACACGUACUCAAAAUUGGGUGCAAUCACUUAUGCUGAGAAUGUGUUUUUCGCGUCCCCUGAAAAAAAUUCAGUUACAUACACCAAUAUGAUAUUGGGUUAUGGUCAACAUGGGAUUGUUGAGAAAGCUCUCUUGCUAUUCCACUCAAUGUGGGAAUCUGGCAUUAAACCUGAUGCCAUUACCAUUGUUGCUGUCUUGUCUGCUUGCAGUUAUGCUGGGUUAGUUGAUGAAGGUCUUCAAAUGUUUGAGUCAAUGGAGACACAAUAUGGAAUUCGGCCCUCACAUGAGCACUACUGUUGUGUUGUAGACAUGUUAGGGAGAGUUGGGAGGGUGGCCGCAGCUUAUCAGUUUGUCAAACAAUUGGGUGAAGAGGGUAAUAACUUGGGAAUUUGGGGAUCCCUUCUUGCGGCUUGCAGAAUUCAUGGAGAAUUUGAAUUGGGAAAAGUUGUUGCCAGUAAGUUGCUUCAAAUGGAGAGAGGAAAUAGGAUGUCAGGUUAUCAUGUUUUGCUGUCAAAUAUAUAUGCUGAGGAAGGGAACUGGGAGUAUGUUAACAGAGUGAGGAAAGGGAUGCGAGAAAAGGGUUUGACAAAGGAUGUUGGCUGCAGUUGGAUUGAUAUUGCUGGUUUUGUGAACUGUUUUGCGUCUAGAGAUCAAAAGCACCCCCAAUGUGAUGAAAUAUAUCAAACAUUGGAAGAAUUGGCAAUAAAGAUGAAAGAUGCUGGUUAUAGGCCUUGUCCAGAUUCAGAAAUAGGCUGGAUUUCUGAGUCUGAGGAAUGAAUAACACUUCGUUUUUUAUUCAGAUGGCACAUGGGUACACAAUUGGGAGACUAAUCACUUCAUAGUAUAUCAACUGCAUCAACUAGCCUUGGGAAAAAGGCUUGGCUGAGGGGUGCUGGGGCUUUUUGAUUUAAGUUGAUACGGAAUCUUGGUUCCUUUGACUGUGGGACUAUUUUCCCAACAUGACUUUUAUUGCCUUAUCAAAGAGAUUCCUUCCCAUCCUGCUACCUGGUGCCUCCCAACCACUUAGGUUCAAAAAAUGCAGGAAGACAAGAUGCCUCCUGGUUUUUGCUAUGCUUUCUUGGUUUAACUCUCUCACGGCAAUUGGUAUUGUCGUAAGCUCCGUAGAACUACAACUGGCUAGCCUGCUGCAACAUGAUCAAAAGAAAGAAGGAAGUUACAAAUAUGUACAACGCGUAAAGUGGGAGCGAAAACCCCAAACAAUCAUAAGGGAGGAAAGAUUGACACGUAGGUGAGGGGAGGCAAAGCCCUCACCUCGUAACAAGGUGCAACUGCUCUUGACUAAUGGACUAGCCCUGUUGGUUCUUUUUUAUUGUUGAGAACAAACCUUAAACUUGAUGUUGAGGUGUGAUGAUCUGGGCAUUGUCUCAAAGAGAGACUCAAUGAAAUAGAUGUCUGUGAAGAUGUGGACUACAUGCAUUUGGACAGAAAGGUUCUAUGAAGUUAACAGGUUACAACAUUAUUUGCUUCUUGUUAAAGCAGACUUCCAAUAGAAUUAAUUGUUCUUGAUCAUCUAAGGCAUGCUAAGAUCUUGUACUAAAAAGCCAACAUGGCUUAAGGCCUUUGGUUUGCUGUGUCUCUGAACUCCUAUCAUUGCAAAUCUAGUAAGGAUUUCCAUGGUUGUACAAAGGCCUAACAUGUGUGUGUGUGCGCAUUGGGAUCCAUAGGCCCAUAAGUAAUCAAAAGCACUUCAAAAAA